AGAAAGUUUAACCCCCAAAUCACACGGAUGCACAACAUAUGUGUUCCCAAAAUAAAGCAGGAGGAGGAGGAGGAGGUGCUGGCCUCCCACAGAGCUGCACGGUUUACUCGCUGGUUCCACCGGAGCACAGGCAGCAUUUCCUCCUGAAGCUUUUAACUCAAACCAGAUGUGUCAACUCCUCUGUUUUUCCUCCAUUUUCUGCUGUUUUUAACUUUUUCGCCUGGACUGCUUUUCCCAACGCUUUCUGGGGGCGGACGUCGGGUGAAAACUAAACCUAAGGGCGAAGUGGCCGAGUUGCGCACUUUGGAUUCACAUAAACCGAAGAGUGAGGGAGAAGUCGAGGAGCGGUGUUUGUCAUAUGGUCCGGUUUAGAGACACAUGAUCUCCCGAGCAGAACCGGAGACGCGGUUCGCUUGUUUUGAAGCGAACUUGUCUCCUUCUCUGCGCGUUUUGGCUGCGCCUGGUUCCGCUCGUUCGAUUCACGUCAGAGCUUUAAAUGGGCUUUGGUCGUUGAGCGUUUAGGUCCACUCUGAUCAAAGUUCGGUGUUUGAGUUCAGUUUGUCCCGAACCUCGCUGUAAACGUCUUUAUUGUAACAGCUUUUCCAACAACACCGACAGUUUGCACUUUUGGACACAACCGCGUUCUUCUGCGCCUAUAACGGUUUCGACCCAUUAAUGCUGGAGUGAGCGGGACGGGCCGUGGACGUGGAGCCUGCGGGAUGUGAGAGCUGCCAUGCGCUGCCUCCUGGCCUCAGCCGGCGGACUCCUCCUGAGGGACGCCGGGAUGCUGCUGCGCCGCCGCUCCUGCUCCGGCCCGCUGCUGCUGAUCGGGGUGGCGGUGUGUCUCUUCUACCAGACCCUGAUGGUAGCCCGGAACCGGCUCCGGUUCGGCCAGCAACCGGCCGCCGCGGAGGUGCGCAGAAAGUUGUCGGCUGAGCUCUUGGCGGAGACCGGGGCGCUCGUGUCCACCCUGGAUGCUCUGCAGGCACAGCUCAGUGCAUCUCAGUCCCAGCGCCGGCGGGCCGUUGUCCUGACGGGCCAACACCUGACCUCAGACACUGAGGUCCAGUUGUAUGAGCAGGUUCUGCAGAAGAUGGACUAUGAGGUCCAGAUGUCCAGAUACGCAGAGACCAGCAGCUUCCUCAGAAGCAGCCCUGGUGUGGGUGGGUGGAGCCUGUUGCUGUGUCUGAGUAGUUCAGAGAGGAGCUGUCUGAGGAGAAUCUCAUUCUCUCACCUGCAGCAUUAUCAAAUGAUCAACCUGAUCCCAGCGCUGAUGGAGGCCUUCUCUGAUGCAGGUGGAGGGCUCUGUCACUUCUACACUCACUCCCACCUGAAAGAUUUACCCAUGAGGCCAUACUCCUGUGGGCCGACCAAUCGGAAGCUCCAGAUUCCUCAGGACAGUCCGUCACCUGCUCUGGUUGCCAGGAUGAAUGUCUAUGUCCUGGUCACGUCUACAAGACCUCUGGCGUCAUUCCUACAUGACGUUGUCGUUGUUCUGACCAAUCAGGAGCUGCGAGGGCGACCCACAAAGCUCAGGACCUUCCUGCUGGAGCAGCUGGGGCCAGCAGACUCCCAUCAGGCUUUGGGGCAGAUCAAGAAAGUGAUUGGUGAAUUGCUGCAGGCAGCAAUAUCAACCAGUGACAGGAAGCAAAGGUGUGUGCUCUGCUACCAGCUGCUCACCUUCACUGUGCUGUUCAGCGGCUCCAUCACACCUGAAAUAAUCCAGGUGGACACAGACUUAACGUUUCCUGCUCUGAAGGACCCGUUUGACAGACAGAUCAUCAGAGAACAGAUCCUGGAGGACACGCUUCACUUCACUGUGACGUCAGACACCGAGGGACGACGGCUCGGCGGCUGCACGGACAUGAACCACGUGUGUUUGUCAGACGAUGAGCUGCUUCUGCUGCUUCGGUUUCAGCAGCAGAUCAAGAAUCCUUCAGCUUUUCAACUGCUGUAUCCCUCCUGCUCCUCCUCCUCCCCCUCCUCCUCCUCCUCCGGCCUUCCGACUGUCUCCGACCUCCUGGUCAGGAUCAGCUGUUACUACGAGCUUCAGAGAAACAGCAGCUACAGAACCGAUGAGGACCAUGAACCGACCAAUCAGGACGCAUUGUCUUCAGGCCAGGAAGCAGUGGGAGGCCCGUGUGUGGACCCCCACCUCAGACAGAUCUACACCGACCCUCCUCUCAGCCUCACUCCCUCCUUUAGCCCUUGGGUCAAGGACUAUCGUGCGGAGGUUGCGUUUGACACAGUGACAGUUCGUAUUCGGCCGGAGCCCAUCAGUUCUGCUUGCAGGGUCCACCUGGAUGAGCACGGAGGACCCAGGAUGGCAAACUACCCGGUCGGCCUCGGCAGCAGCACGAUUAGCAUCUUGGUGACGGAUGACAGCGGGCCACGACCUGUCGUCAUGACGAUCUACACCGUCCACAUGUACCGCGAGAGCCGACCCAGUCUGCCCAUGUUUGGAGAUCAUGUGAUGUGUAGCUUUAUCCAGGACUGCGGUCUUCCGGUUCAGCCCGGUCAGGCCUGUGGUCUUCAGCCUUCCAUCAGAUCUCAGAGUCCACUUCACACGUGCACCUCAGGACACGCGCCAGGUCGGUGGGAAGUUCCUUGUCUCAGCUGUUCUGACAAAAGGACAUGUGACUGGAGGGCCGUUGCCUGGCAACCAGACAGCUGUUAUCACCGCUUAGUGGACCGCCCCCUGUUACAGGACUGUAUGACGGACAGGAAGGUGCUGUUCAUCGGUGACUCAACCAACCGAGGUAUGAUGUACUUCCUGAUGGAGCGGGUCAACUCCAGUCUGCGGGACUGGGGGAAGGCGCACGACACGCUGGCCUACAGAAACCUGAACGGGGGGCGGACGCAGGUCGCGUACUCGUACUACCCUCAGUUCUGGGUGGAGAAGAAACAGAGGCCGACCUUCAGGCAGGCGCUGCAGCAGCUGCUUGACAGGUCACGACCUCUGGUGAACUCCAACCGGACCGUGCUGGUAGUGGGAGGGGUCCAGUGGCUCAACAGCGAUCACCUGAGGACAGUCCGAGAGGUUCUGGACAGGGAGUCUCUCGCUAAGAUCCAAGUAGUGGUGAAGUCUUUGGGGAUAGGGUUCCACCUUCCUGUGGACGGGAUCCGCUCCCUGACUUUGAAGGAGAUCCAGGAUCUGUACAAAGAAAACAUGGACAUUAUCGCCACAGCAAAGCAUUAUGGGUAUGAGGUGAUCGACACCUUCAGCAUCACCGUGGGUCGAUACAAGGAGUUCCUGCAAGGACGCUGCGCCUGCCAUUUCCACCAGGUAGAGAAGCUUUGGUCACUCGGGUCUCCAGGUGAUGCCACCAACACCCCCAGCAGAUUAGGAUCCACCAGAACCGGAUCAGAGCUCAGCAGCGGUUCAGCAUCAGGGAGCUCGGCCUAUCACGUAAAAGGACCAGUGAACCAGGUGUACUCAGAGAUCCUUCUGAGCCGACUGUGUCCCUCAUCUGCAGACUAGACAUUGGACGUGUUUCCCGUCCAAGCCCCAGACAGCAGGACGCUGUGUUGGAGGCUCCCCACAACCCAGGGAUGGUUCUAGGCUGAGGAGGAAUUAUGACUGUGUGUGUGUGUGUGUGUGUGUGUGUGUGUGUGUGUGUGUGUGUGUGUGUGUGUGUGUGUGUGUGUGUGUGUGUGUGUGUGUGCGUGUGUGCGCGUGUGCGCGUGUGUGCGUGCGUGUACAUUCUUUUGACUUUGGGACCAUGUUGACAACAUUGGGACAUUUGGCCGGUCCCCACAAGUUUAAAGGCUUCUUUGAUGGUAAAGAUGUGAUUUCAGGUUAGCGUUGAGUUUUGGUUCGGAUUAGAGCAAUGGUUUGACGUCUGCCUUCAGUUGUGAUGAUUAGGGUAAGGGGCUAGGGAAGGCAUUAUGUCAAUGGUGCCUGCAUGUGUGUGUGUGUAAACUAGAUUUGACCAAACCUACCUCUGGUGAGUACUGACCAGUCUCUCUAUGUUGCCGGCUUCUUACCAGUAUGUGGAUGAGUUUAAUUUGGUUACCAGCUCAUUAAUUAGUAAAGUGAAAACUAGUGGAAGUUUGUUUCUGCUUCUUGUAAAUAUGUUCAUAGUAAUUGCCAAUAAACACAAAUACUUUCUUGUUACUUUUUGAUAAGAAUGUAGGUUGUAAUAAAAGCUAGAUUGUUGUUGAGAUGAAAGUUGUCAGUAUUUAACCAUUUCUCUGACCAAACCUGUAUACACAUGUACCUAUUUAUAUAUUUAUGAUUGUAUAUUGUUAUAUCUGCGUACAUGAAGUGUUCAUUGUCUCAGCUACUUUCAACCAAAUACUUGUUGACCGAUGGUCAUAUGAAGGAAACGUCUUAGAGGCUUUUUAUUUGACUUUAAACAUGUUUACAUGCUGUAAAAUUAUUUUUGAUUAUUUGUAUUAUUGUAAAUUAGGAAUCUCCAUUUCCAUUCAGUCAAACUUGUAUCAUUGAUUAAAUGUGUGAUCCCAUGUCAGAGAAGUUUUUGGAUUUCCAGCUGGUUCGGUUUGACGGGACGCCCUUCUGAAUUAAAGCACAUUUAAACAAC